GAGUGAGUCUUCGUACGGCUGCCGAAAUGAACUGAACUUUUUAUCAUCUCAUCAGCCGCCGGACGGACGGGAGAUUUUGCAUGCGCGUCGAUCGACGGUGGGGAUCGUUCUCGCAAAGAAAAAAAGGUUUAAAAAAUAAAAUCCCCAUAUUUCAAGAAAUCAUGACCUGCAGUUGCAGUACCAGUAGUACAGUAGAGAGGGAAAGAGUUAAGAGAGAGAGAGAGAGAGAGAGGUUUUCUCCCAAAAACGGACGUCAAAGAAACUGCCCUUUGUGGGAAUUGAAGGUGGUGAUUUGAUCAAAAAGUACUGAUUCCCAUGCACGCGCGUCUUUAAAAUCACCCACCAACCCUCCUUUCUCCCACGACCUCCCUCUCCUUCCCUCUCUCUCACCUCUGCUUCGCUUUCUGCAACUCCCAUGGCGAUUAUUCGGGAUUAAUGAAACUGCAGUAGUGCGGAGGUAAAGCGCAAAACUGCAAAAGUGCAAAUGGUAAAAGAUAACACACUCGUAGAGGGGAAAAAAAUGAAGAGAGAGAGAGAGAGAGAGAUAGCUAGCCUGGUCUUUUUGUUUUCAUGUUGAGUAUUUUCAGGUCUGAUUUAUCUGUUUUUUUUUUUUUUUUUCAUUUACGGGUCUUGUCUGCAUCUCUGGCUUGAAUCUUUAAAUGCUAGAGACCAAUUUUGCUGAAAUAUACCGGUGAAGGACGGCAGGCGAAAGUGAAAAAGAAAAAGCAAGCAAAAGAAGGAACAAAAUUACAUACUUUUUUGGGUUCUGCUAUCCAACCGCGUUUGCUUGGUUACGAUCGCGACUACUGAGGUUACUUAAUUUGUAUGUCGGUCCUGAGCAGAGAGAGGGAUUCUUGCCGAGAGAUAGAGCAGGAAAGUGCGAGAAAAUCGGGGAAAAAGUUGUGCUUUUUUUUAAAAAAAAUUUCCCCUUGCUUUUCUUAGGUACUGCUUAGAAAUGGAGACCGAGGAGGCUUAGGAUCGAACUAGCUUGAAGGGUUUCAUGGAGUCUAUUUGGGGCUUUCUGAUUUCUGGGUUUUGCCAGGACGGUGAAUUUGACUGCACUUCCAUUCUCUUCUUAUGGGCCUGAAAGAAGCCAAAGUUUACCUAAUUAAAGUUGGUUCUGCUCUGCUCUUACCUUUUGAGAUUCAUGGCGAUUUCUAGCUAAUAUCCCCCAAUUCUGUUUGUUUUUGUUUUACAGUUGAAAUAUAAAAUUUGGGUUGAAACAGAGUGCUAUGCUGAGGAAAAGAUCCAGAGCAACGACCAGCAAACAAGCUCUAAUGGCGGACUGCGGCUCUCUACCCUCUCCCACCGACAAAUACCGAAGACCCACUUCGUCUUUCUUCAGUUCUCCCAGGCUGUUCACCGGUUUUGCCUCCAAGGGCUUCUCCGACACGGAAGCCGCGAUGAGCCCAACAUCCACACUCGAUAGCAAACCGUUCUCUGCAUUUCGAAACCCGUUCUGGUGCGAUCCCAACACCCCCAAAACUCCAGAGCCUGACCAUAAGCGCCAUUGGGAGAAACUCGACUCAAGACCCGUCGGUCUUGGCAUUGUCGAUGCUCUCAAGGACGAAAAAUCCGAUCCAAGAAUCUCCAAAGCCGACAGCCGGAUGGUUCUGUUCGGAUCACAGCUAAAGAUACAAAUCCCCUCUCUGCCUGCUUCCGUUCUUUCUCCGGUCGAAUCGCCCAAAUCGCCGGGCGAUUUCGGGAUCAAGACAAGGAAUUGCCUGUUGGGUUCCUCCUCGCGGAGCUUGUCGCGGUCGCCGAUGAAGAAUUCAGCGUCUGGGUCGGCGAAUUCCAGCGUCGAAGCGUUGCAAUCUCCUCGGGUCUUCACUGGGUGUCUCUCUGCAACAGAGAUGGAGCUUUCUGAGGAUUACACUUGCGUGAUCGCUCAUGGGCCAAACCCGAGGACGACCCAUAUCUUCGAUGAUUGUAUUGUUGAAAGCUGCUGCGGCGCUCUCGGCUACUCGGCGACCAGGAAGGAAAAUGGGUUGUUGCCCGAUCGAUCUAGCUACCCCUCUGAGAGUUUUCUCAGCUUCUGUUAUGCUUGCAAGAAGAAUCUUGGGCAGGGAAAAGACAUUUACAUGUACAGGGGUGAGAAAGCUUUCUGCAGUAGCGAAUGCCGAUACCAGGAGAUUCUACUGGAAGAGGAAAUGGAGAAACAGGAAUCCGAUGACGUUUAUGGUGCCUGUUCCUGAAAGUCAUUUCAAUUUCCCCUUUCUUCAAAGAGCCCAUUUUGGAAUUCACCAACUGCAUAAAGAGUAAUCUAUGGAUGUUAAUCCAUUAACAUUUUGGAGACAGAGUAGCAGCAACCAUAUCUGGUUCUUAAUUAAUAUAUUUUUGUACAAUUGAAUCUGUUCUGGUGUUUCCCCCUCAUGACCCACUUGUUGAACUUUCUCAUACCGUGUUUUUUUUUUUUUUUUUGGGAGUCUCAAGGGAUUAAAAGGCCGAGAUAUUGUAGAGUUUGAUUUCGUUCAAGUGGUAAUUAGAUGAUUGCUGGUGGGUUUGUCCACAGUUUUUGGCUUUGCAGUUCUGUGUUGAUAAUGAUGAUGGUGAUUAUGAUAUAUGACUGAAGCUUGCGUUAUCUUGUUUA